CCGUAGCUACCGCUCACGAUCCAAUAUGUUCAAGAACCUCCUUGUUGUAGUUUUUGCUAGCGUUCUGACCCUCGUGUCGGCGCAGACUAUAUCUGGGCAGUAUGACUGUAUGCCUGCAGGAGCGUACACACUUUGUCAGAAUCUUUGGGGCGAAUCCGCUGGCGUUGGCUCCCAAAACUCGACAUUGAUGAGCACCGAUGGUAAUGCCAUCACUUGGCAGACGAACUGGACGUGGGCGAAUAACAAUAACAACGUGAAGAGCUACGCGAACGUACUGCACAACACUGCAAAGGGCAUGCAGCUCGGAAGCAUCACGUCCGCACCGACUGCAUGGAACUGGACCUAUGUCACCGAGUCCGAGGGCAUCCGUGCCGACGUCUCCUACGACAUCUGGUUUGGUGUGGCCCAGUCCGGUACCGCCGCUACGUCUGCGUCUUCCUAUGAGAUCAUGAUAUGGCUUUCCGGCCUCGGAGGCAUCCAACCCGUUGGCCAUCAGAUUGAUAGUGGCUUGAACAUUGCUGGGCACACUUGGAACCUCUGGAAUGGCCCCAAUGCGAACUGGCAGGUCUUCUCCUUUGUUAUCUCCUCUGGCGAAGUGAGGAACUUCAGCGCGGACCUCAACGAGUUCUUCCAAUAUCUCAUUGAAAACCAGGGCGUAGCCUCGACUCAGUAUCUGCAGGCCAUUCAGACUGGCACCGAGCCCUUCGUCGGUUCAGCGGAUCUGUUUAUCGAGAGCUUCGCUGUUACAGUCAAUGUCUGAAAGACGGUGUCUCCGAGAGAUCGAUGCCGUGUAACGCAUGGCCUCGGGCUUAUCGGUCCUUGCUUCUGCUGUGUAUUUAGUACGGUCCAGCGGCUCUGCGAAUAUCAAAUGAUUGCACUUUCCC